AUGAGGGAUAGUAUCAAUAAAAUGCAUGAUAAGCCCGAUGACACUUUAUCAAAUGUGAAGGACUUUGGUGAGAGGAUCCUCAAGUCCAUGGUUCCUGGUUGGAAGAACAGUAUGGAGGAUAGUGAGGUGCAGCCGCAGCGGGAGGACCGACUCAUUCCCAAAAUCACAUACUCCCUAGGGGAUCUAGAUUUUGCUUCUGAGCUUCAAGCAAACAUAUCAUGUUUCAAGAAUCACAAGUCAUACUGGAGAGAGGAACUGGAGAAUUUAGAUGGCCUCCUACAAGGUAUCCGUUACAAAAUGUUUAAUCCACCUAUGCCGCCAAUAACCAAAUUAUUCAAGUUAUGCUUGAGAUUUCAGGACUAUGUUCGGGUAGAACGUGCAGCUGAUCAGGAUAUCUGGGGAGAAUAUUUGCACGACAAAGGCGAGUUCAUCACUGAAGAAUCUAGAGCUGGAAAAGAAAAAUUUUUGCAGAUUGUUGUGGGUGGGAGAAAUAAGUACCAGAUCAAUGGCCACCUUGCGCAACCCUCACGUGUACAGAACCUUUUUCAUUCUGUACAGCUCAAUGUCAACAACCCACAUUUUCUCAUUAUGCAAGGGCGCAUCACUAAAGUUCUUAACAUGAAGCCUCCCGAGAUCUUGUCGAUGCUUGAAGAGGCAGCAGGUACUAGAAUGUAUGAAAUGAAAAAGGAAUCUGCUCUAAAAACACUUGAAAAGAAGCAGACCAAAGUGAAUGAGAUAGAUAAUGUAUUGACUGAAGAGAUUCUUCCUGCUCUUGAGAAGUUGAGGAAGGAGCGUGUGCAGUAUGUACAAUGGGCAAAUGGCAAUGCAGAACUGGAUAGACUCAAGAGGUUUUGUAUUGCAUAUGAAUUUGUGCAAGCAGAGAAAGUGCGAGAUGAUGCUGUGAGUGGAGUUGAACAAAUAAAGUCUAAGAUUCUUAAACUUAAGAAUUCCAUGGAACAAAUACAAUUGGAAAUAAAUGAUAAGGAAAAGGCGAUAUCAGAUCUAAGUGCAGAAAAGGAGAGUCAGUUGGGUGGAUACAUGAAAGCCCUAUCUGAGAUGCUGCAUAAAAGUAUUCAAGACAUUGAAAACUCUAUCCAAGAAAGAGAUGCUGCUGUUCUAAGGGCCGAUGAGGGAGCAGCUGAUCUAAAGCUUAAAAUAGAAGAUAUGAAAAAGAACUUAGAAGAUCAUGAAAAGGAAUACCAGCGGGUAUUAGCAGGUAAGAGCAGUGGGGAUGAGGAAAAAUGUCUUGAUGAUCAACUUGUAGAUGCAAAAGCAGCAGUUGGAAGUGCUGAAACUGAAGCAAAACAACUUAAGACUAAAAUUAACCACUUAGAAAAGGAAUUGAAAGAUAAGAAGAAGAUUUUAUCAUCAAAAGAAAAGGAGGCUAAUGCUGUUGAGAGAGAGCUGCAAUCUAAAAGACAUGAAGUUGAGAAAAUAAAGACAGCAAUGGAAGGUGUUGCUUAUGAAGAAGGAUGCAUGGGGGCAUUAGAAAAGGAGCGUUUGCAAGAAUCUGAGGCAGUUCAGAAGUUGAAGGCCGAUAUCAGGCACCUCGAGGCUCAAUUAGGAAAUGUUCAGUUUACCUAUAGUGAUCCUGUAAAGCAUUUUGAUCGGUCAAAAGUUGAAGGUGUUGUCGCACAACUUUUAAAAGUUAAAGAUGCCUCGACAAUGACUGCAUUGGAGGUUGCUGCAGGAGGGAAGUUGUUUAAUGUGGUAGUGGAUACAGAACAAACAGGGAAGCUAUUACUUGAAAAAGGAGGUCUACGAAGAAGAGUAACGAUUAUCCCUUUAAACAAAAUCCAAGCCCAUACCAUUUCAUCGAGAACUCAAGAAGCAGCAGCUAAACUGGUGGGCAAUGGAAAUGCAAGGCUGGCACUAUCUCUUGUUGGAUAUGAAGAUGAAAUUGAAGCAGCUAUGGCAUUUGUAUUUGGUGGUACAUUUGUUUGUAGCAAUUCGGAUGCUGCAAAGGAGGUAACUUGA